AGAUACUUUGGAUCAGGAGACUGUUAUCAAUAUGAGUGUGCCUAAGAGAGGAUCUAGAUUAAAUGUAGUGGGUCAGUCAGAUGAUUAUUUUGACUCCUUACAUUAUCACAUCGUACUCCUCAAUAUACCAACAUCUGUGGUGUUACUGAAUGCUUUGUACAAUGUCAUAGUACCUUGCUUGAUACUAGUCCUGAACAAAGAAAUUGUUUUAUAACCCGUGUGGAAUUACUGAUCUUAUUUUAGAAUAUAUCUUAUUAUCCAGAAGCAGUUAGUUUUAUACAAUAUCUGAAUAAUUUACUGAAGUUCCAGCGAUAGCAUCUUUUUAGCAACUAACAAGUCUCCCUCUCUCGCAUAGAAUGUAGUCACAGACCUAUAGUUAUUUUUGUUUCAUUUUGUUAUUUCAUUUUAACUCUGCUUGGGCCUUUGUGUCAAUUUGUAGGCUCCACUGUUUAGUCUCUGUUCCUGCUCACUCCCCUGCUGCUCCUCUCUGAUCCUUUGGACUGUUUUCUCUUCCACCCUUCACCCCCAUCCUAUUCCUGUAUGAUGUGAUGUUUGAUAUGCUGCUACUUUGGCUGCUGUUUGCUGUUCAGUGUUUAUACCAAGGCAAAGCUCUUUGCUUCACCCCUUUUAAAUCUGUUCAGUUUUGUUGUUGAAUAUACCAGCACAGGGUGUAUAGUUUCCUAAGACUAUUGCAAAACAAGAACUGACUUAGAGAAACUCUAGGAAUAAACUAACUACCCUGCCUUCCAAGUCAAAUGAUCAGGAGAAUGGGGUCGUUAAUAUCAAUGGUGAUACUUUGCAGAUAAGUGCUUAGCUGCAUGCCAAGGUGAAGCUAAAGACCAGUAGCAGCAUCUUGGAGUCCUCUUAUCAAGGAGCCUCCCUUGAUGGCCUAGAGCUGGAAACACUUUUCCCACUGAGGCACAGAGGAGGAAUCUGCUGAGUCCACUUGGACCAGGGGCCCUCAGGUGAGGGAAGGCCAGAUCAUGAAACGUAAACAUUUGUCCCCCAUAAUUUGGGGGGUCAAGGCACCUUAGCUUUCUCACUAAAGAUCAAAGUGGGGCAAAUUCUUUGCCCAGAAAGGAACCCCACAUCCCUCCACUCCCCAAAUUUGCUUUCCUUUGAAGAAGCAUUCGGACACCAGUGAGGACUAUCAAGUGUUGAGCACAGUUGGGUCUCCUAAGAAAGUGGGAAUGAUAAAGCUGCUGUGUGUGCGCCAUUUCUGCACCUGAAACCCAGACUGCCUGGAGGAUAAAGGACUGAAGAAUAUGAUGCCACCUGAAAGAAGGGCGUGUUGGGUUGCAGUUUGUGGGAGGCAAAGCUUGGGAAGCUGCUUGAGAAUUAAAACUUGGCUUCUAGGGCUUGUUGGCCUCCACAGAGCAAGAGAGGAAAAACUCCUAAUAAGUAUGAAAAUUCCAGUUAUCAUAGAAUAAAAAGAAGAAUAUGCUCCUGGAGAAGAGUGAAGAAGUAGCUACAGAAGGAAUGAAAAGGCUAAGCCAAAGUGGAAACAAUGCCCAGCUGUGGAUGUGUCUGGUGGUGAAAGUAAAGUCCGAUGCUAAAAGAACAAUAUGGCAUAAGAGCCAGAGGUGUAGUCAGAGAAAUCAGUUACCGGUUCAGAGAUUUAAAUGUGCAGUGCUCCAAGCAAUAAAAGGAAACAGAGGUAUGCAUUUAUGUGUUUAUUCCAUGGAAGUGAGUAAAGCCAUUGCCAGCAUGACGGAAAACCCAGAAACAGAGAAGGGAAUGGUUCAUCAAAACAUGUAUAAAAAUAGGUGUUAAAAACAGCAAUGUCUAGUUCUGUCAUGAGGGUCUUUCUGAGACACAUUCUCCACUAAGGGUAACCUGGGACUACCUAUCACCACAGUUUGUGGAUGCAUAAGAAAGACUGCACUGGAAGGAAAAAAACACAGUCUUCAAGCCCCUUUUCUCAUCCUCCGGAGACUCUGUGGUUCCAGGACUCUACCUCAGUAGCCGGAAAUCCUCAACCUGCUCUGCACUCGCCCAACACAGGGAGCAUGCGCAGGGCGUGCGCUCCCCUUGGCGCACAUGAAGCUUGGUGCCCAGACGCCUUACUGAGCGCGUUCUGUGAGGAGCGUUGGGCCUCAGACGGACGUGUUUAUUCAGUCCCGGUUCUUUCUGACUACUUGAGACGCACCAGGGAGAAAUAUGAGUGGGCAAGUGGCAUCAACUUUGGGACCUACAGGUCAAGAUUCCUCCCAGCUGGAUGAACCUGUGGUUGACCAGCAGCCCAGUGUUGAGCAACCUCAACAAGGAGAACCACCAGCUGAGAUUCAGGCUAUCACACCUGGAAAGGAGGAAGUAAACGGAGAGGAUCCAGUGAAUCAUAAUGAAGAGAAGGGGAAGGAUGCCUCUCGAGUUUCUGACCUGGAAACUGGUCUCCAGGAUUUGGCUGAGGCAAAGACUGGGGGUGAAGGUGGAGAUGGUCCUGAUGUCAAGGAGGAGAUUGCAUCAAAUAGAGAGCCUGUUGAAAUGCCAGAAGCAGGGAGAAAUAUGAAUGGGCAAGGGGCAUCAACACUGGGACCUGUAGAUCCAGAUUGCUCCCGGCUGGAUGAACGUGUGGUUGACCCUCAGCCCAGUGUUGAGCAACCUCAAGAAGAGGGACCACCAGCUGAGAUUCAGGAUAUCACACCUGAAAAGGAGGAAGUAAGUGGAGAGGAUCCAGUGAAUCCUGAUGAAGAGAAGGAGAAGGAUGCCUCUGAAGAUGCUGUCCUGGAAACUGAUCUCCGGGAAUUGGCUGUGGCAAAGACUGGGGGUCAGGGUGGAGAUGGUCCUGAUGUCAAGGAGGAGAUUGCAUCAAAUAGAGAGCCUGUUGAAAUGCCAGAAGCAGGGAGAAAUAUGAAUGGGCAAGGGGCAUCAACACUGGGACCUGUAGAUCCAGAUUGCUCCCGGCUGGAUGAACGUGUGGUUGACCCUCAGCCCAGUGUUGAGCAACCUCAAGAAGAGGGACCACCAGCUGAGAUUCAGGAUAUCACACCUGAAAAGGAGGAAGUAAGUGGAGAGGAUCCAGUGAAUCCUGAUGAAGAGAAGGAGAAGGAUGCCUCUGAAGAUGCUGUCCUGGAAACUGAUCUCCGGGAAUUGGCUGUGGCAAAGACUGGGGGUCAGGGUGGAGAUGGUCCUGAUGUCAAGGGGGAGAUUGCAUCAAAUAGAGAGCCUGUUGAAAUGCCAGAAGCAGGGAGAAAUAUGAAUGGGCAAGGGGCAUCAACACUGGGACCUGUAGAUCCAGAUUGCUCCCGGCUGGAUGAACGUGUGGUUGACCCUCAGCCCAGUGUUGAGCAACCUCAAGAAGAGGGACCACCAGCUGAGAUUCAGGAUAUCACACCUGAAAAGGAGGAAGUAAGUGGAGAGGAUCCAGUGAAUCCUGAUGAAGAGAAGGAGAAGGAUGCCUCUGAAGAUGCUGUCCUGGAAACUGAUCUCCGGGAAUUGGCUGUGGCAAAGACUGGGGGUCAGGGUGGAGAUGGUCCUGAUGUCAAGGAGGAGAUUGCAUCAAAUAGAGAGCCUGUUGAAAUGCCAGAAGCAGGUGAAGGGCAACCAUUUCCUUGAAAGAAGAUAAACUGAAAUGAUCCAUGCUGUUCUUACGUUGUAUAUUUGACUGUUAAAGUUCUGUCAAUAAAGUUUCGUUUUCUCCUGGCA